UUAAAUUUUAUUUAUUUAAAAUAUGCCAUGCGCAAAUGGUUGCGAUUAUUUUAAAUGUUUUCAUUUAUUACAUAAGACUAAAUAAGUAUCAAAAUAAUUUUGAAACGAUUACUGUUAUUUAUCUAGAAAAAAUAUAAAGCUGUAGUUUUGUAGUAUACAUUAUAACCCUAAAAUUAAGUAUUAAAUGAAGGAAAUCUUGAUUUCUGUAUGAAAAAUGGAAGUUGGUGCGGUCAAACAAGCAUUUAAUAAUGAGAUAAUAUUGCUAAAAAAGAAUUUAAAUCAAGCAAAAACUCAGACAAUACACAAGUUAACGAGAAAAGCAAAACAAUUGGUAGAGAAGAAGGCUCCAGAUGAAGCAAAGGAAAAGUUAAAGAGAAAAGCCGAGUCUGCUGUGAAAGAAGUUUUGAUUCUUAAGAAAAUCAAACCGAGAGAUAUAGCACAGUUCAUAGUUACUCACAAAGGUGCCCUCAAUGAAUACAUGAACAAGCCAGUGGAUAAGGACAAAGCGUGUGCAAGACUAUUGUUGCAUAAGGCCAUGCAAGAUAAAUACAAACUAAUACGGGAGAAAUUCUCAAAUGUGUCCAUUAAAGAUUUAUUCAUGUCGCGCCAGGAGAGGCUCAAACUUAAAAAGGAAGCUCGGGAAAAGCAGAAUAGUAAGAAAGAUAAAAAUAAGGCAGUAAAUAUUGAAGGUGAAUGGAAUGUGGAGGCUGCUAAUGACAGUAUAGAAUCCAUUGUACAAUCCAAUGAUGAUGUAGCAGAUAAUAUGUCUGAAGGUAGUGAUCCCGGUGGCUAUUCAGAUGAAGUCAAAGCUGAAUGUGAUUUAUCUGAGGAAGACAUCUCUAAGGACAGUAUCAACGGCAAUAGUGAUGACUCCGAAGUGAAUGAUGAAACCACCAAAGAUGGUAAUUUAUCACAAGUCAAAAGCUCAAUACAAAAACAGUCAGAUAAAUCAGAUGUUAUUACAAAUAUUAAUAAGAAAGAUAUGCAAAAAAUAAAAAAACCAAAAGAGAAUAAGAACAAGAAUUUGAAUAAAAAAUUGCAGGACAGGAAAUUUCAUAAAGUAUCUGACGAUGAUCAUUCACAAGCUACAAGAGUUGUUGAUCCAUUUUUCAUAACAUCGUCAGGAGAAAAUUAUAUGUCUCUUGUUGAACCGCGGCAGCCGGACGAAAUAAAGGAGGUUCAUAAGCAAGGGAACAGGAAAUUUAGACGGGCUGUAAUGUUUGGACAUGUGCCUAAACCUAAAGUUAGAAAAAGCUACAAUGACAGAUAUAACGAUAUUGACAGUAGUGAAAAUAAUUUUGUUGGUGGCAAAACCGAUAAUAGACAAAAAACUAAAGACAGUUCUAGACAAAAUGGUAACAAAUUUGACAGAAGAAAAAAAUAUGAUAAUAACGAAAGUGAUGUACCAGAAAAAUUGCAUCCGUCAUGGGAAGCCAAAAAGAAACAAUCGUCUAUUUUACCUUUCCAGGGUAAGAAAAUUGUUUUCGAUGAAAGCUGAUGCUAUUAAUAAAUUUUUAUAAAUAA